AUGGCAGACCGCCCAUCCCCGCUCCUGCGACUAUCGCCCGAGCUCCUCGACCACAUCGUCCUCCUGUCGCUCCCGCCCAAACCUCGCCCGGCACGCCUCGCCCUGUCGUCCCUCCUGCGCGUGUGCCGCACCCUCGCACCGGUCGUCAGGCGCCACCUGUACCUCAAGCUCUCGCUCGUCGUCGCCGCGCCCUCGGGGCAAGACCUCAAGCUCGUCGCCCUCCUCCGCGCCGGCGUCGCAGGCCACCUCGUCCGCAUCCUCAAGGUCCGCGCGCCCGAUCCGGACCCGUCCUCGACCCUGUUUGACGACCCGGACGUCGACCCGGUCACGGCCCUCGUCCCGCAGCCGCGCCUCGCCCAGCCCGAGACGCUCGACCGCGUCGCCGAGGCCCUCGAGCUCAUGCCCCGCGUGCGCCACGUCGAGCUCGACCUGCGCGUCGGCGCCUGGCUCGAGGGCGACGUUGCGCCGGAGGGCGACUUUGGCGAGCCCGCCGCCGUGCGCGACGCGCAGCUCGCACGCCUCGAGCGCGCCCUCUCGGCGUGGGGCGCGACGCUCGAGACGGUCAUCGUCGCUGUCGAGGAUGUGCAGCAGCGCCUCCAGGUGUGGGCCGACCCGGUGCUCGGCCGCGCACCGCACGUCGCGGCCCUCGGCGCGUGGGACCACCUCACGGCGCUUGACCUGUGGCGCGUUCGCCUCGUCCUCACGGCGGCGCCGGGCGCGCCCAACGACGGCGACGGCGCCGGCGACCCGCCGCUCGAGGGCCGCAUGUCGCCCCAACCGCGCUUCCGCCUGCGCUUGCUGGUCCUCACGCAGUGCGAGCUUGGCGGCGCCGACGAGCUGCGGUGGCUCCUCGGCAGCACGGCGACGGGCGACGCCGAGCGCAGCAGCUGCCUCACCGACCUCCAGCUGAGCGAGGUCGCGUUCGCGCACCACGCGCGGUCGAGCGGCCCGAUGCUCGCAGUGCUCGGGCGCGACCGGGUCACCAACGACGAGCCGGCGUUCACGCGCUCGUUGAGCAGCCUCAGCCUCCUCCUCGAGCACCCGAUCGUCGGCGACAGCGACGCCGAGAGCAGUACUACGACGACAGACGGGCUCCUCGCGCCCUUUCACGCCGUCAAGGAGGUCGUUCUCGGCGGGCCGGGCGUCGACUACCCGCUCCUCGCGUCCCUCUUUCCCUCGCCGUCCCCCGCCAAUGCCCCGACCUCGUCCACCACCCCGAGCGAGCUCGUGUCCCUCACCCUCCAGUGCCUCACGCACCCGUCGAUCCCGCUCGCCGCCCUCGUCGCCCUCCUGCGCCCGUCGCGCAUGCCGCCCCGCCUGCGCACCCUCACGCUCCACGAGGCGUGGCACUACCCGCGCCAGAUGCCGUGGCACGUCCUGCGCACGACGACCGAGCCGCGCUGGACCGCGUUCGAGGACGACGAGGCGUGGGACGACGUCGAGCGCGCGCUGAGGAGCGUCGCGAGGAGCCGGAGGAGGGGCGGCGGCGGCGGGGUCGGGGCGGCGAGGGACGGCGUGCGGUUGUGGAGGAAUCGGGCCGAGGUCCGCUACCUCGCUGGGCUCGGCGACCACUCGUCGGACGAGGACGAGGGCGACGGCGACGGGAGCGAGGGAGGACGGGGCGACGGCAGCAGCGAGGCCGGGACGGACGCGAGCGCGUCGCCCGACCCGAACGCGCUCUUUGUCCCGGCCGCGAGCGAGGACGGCGACGACGAGAACGAGGCCGACUGGCUCGCGCGGCGCAGGAGGGAGGCCGACGAGGAGGCUGGGCACGGCGUGCGGUGGGACAGCGACGAGUGA